UCUGGUCAACUUAGUUGGCGACGCGUAGUAGGUGAGUGAUAAAACCGGUACUUCAUCCCUCCUGGGCGUUUCUUCUUAAAGCUCUCAUUCACAAUUCCAAAUCAGAACCUCAACACCAAACAAAACAAAAAGCCUUCCUUUCCGCCAGCCAUCGAUCGCUAACGUGUUCGUCUUCUUUCACCGGAGAAGUUGGGUUUGAGAAAUACUUUUGUUUCUUCCUAGCUCGUUGUCGGAGCAGUACUGUCAGCAAGGAUCGAUAUCAAUGCGGAAUAAAUCAUUAAUGGCUUGAGAAUAAAAUCACCAUGCCUUCAUGUGCGCUUGCCUGCAUAUCGUGCGUAUCAUAGUUAGUCCUAGGAUACAGAGGAGAAUUUUCAUUCUUCGGCACGACGGAGGAGCCUGGCGCCUCUGAUUUCCGGCCCAGCACACGUUAGUUCAUUGUAGGUGAUUCGUGGGUACGUAUGUAAGUAGGACCUAGACUCCUCGUACUGGGUCAGACAAGGACCGGCGCAGCUUAGCAAGUAGCAACAGGCCAAAACAAAAACGAAAACAAAUGAUCAUCAACGUGAAGGAGUCGACGAUGGUGCGGCCAGGCGGGGAGACCCCCCGCCGCGCGCUAUGGAACUCGAACGUAGACCUGGUGGUACCGCGCUUUCACACCCCGAGUGUCUACUUCUACAGGCCAACCACGGGCGCGUCCAACUUCUUCGACGCUUGGGUGCUGAAGGAGGCACUCAGCAAGGCCCUCGUCCCCUUCUAUCCUAUGGCCGGCCGCCUCAAGCGGGACACCGAUGGUAGGAUCGAGAUCGAUUGUAACGCCGAGGGUGUGCUCUUCGUCGAGGCUGACACCACCUCCGUCGUCGACGAUUUCGGCGAUUUUGCUCCCACGUUGGAGCUGCGGCAACUCAUUCCGGCUGUGGAUUAUUCCAAAGGGAUCGAGUCCUAUCCCCUUUUGGUCUUGCAGGUGACGUAUUUUAAAUGUGGUGGGGUGUCACUCGGGGUCGGCAUGCAACACCACGCAGCAGAUGGGUUUUCUGGUCUCCACUUUGUGAACGCAUGGUCGGAUAUGGCUCGGGGUCUCGACCUCACCCUUCCACCGUUCAUUGAUCGGACCCUACUCCUUGCCCGGGACCCACCUCAACCUACAUUCCCGCACAUUGAAUACCAGCCUCCUCCUCCGAUGAAAACCCCUCCUGUAAACUCCACAAAAUCUGGUCCCGACACUACCUUGGUCUCCAUCUUCAAAAUAACCAGGGACCAGCUCAACACCCUCAAAGCCAAGUCCAAAGAAGAUGGCAACUCAGUCAGCUACAGCUCAUACGAGAUGCUGUCGGGUCACGUGUGGAGAUGCACGUGCAUGGCACGUGGACUCCCUGAGGAUCAGGAGACCAAACUGUACAUUGCGACUGAUGGUCGGUCCAGAUUGCAACCUCCAUUGCCGCCUGGUUACUUUGGCAAUGUGAUCUUCACCGCAACCCCAAUGGCUGUAGCGGGUGAUCUGCAGUCGAAACCGACAUGGUAUGCUGCUAGCAGGAUUCACGAUGCAUUGGCUAGGAUGGACAAUGAAUAUUUGAGAUCUGCACUCGACUAUCUGGAGCUGCAGCCUGACCUCUCGGCUCUUGUUCGUGGUGCUCAUACUUUUAGAUGUCCAAACCUUGGCAUAACUAGCUGGAUCAGGCUGCCUAUCCACGACGCUGAUUUUGGGUGGGGUAGACCCAUUUUCAUGGGACCUGGUGGGAUUCCAUACGAGGGGUUGUCAUUUAUAAUACCAAGCUCGAGUAGUACUGACAAUAGCUUAUCCGUAGCCAUUGCUCUGCAAUAUGAACAUAUGAAAGUGUUUGAAAAGUUGUUCUAUGAGAUUUGAGGGAAUGAAAAAGCAUGACGAACCCUUCCAGGCUGAAUUGUGGCGUCUCAUCUUCGAGUAUGCCCCAAAUUUUCCUAAGGUGGUUCUGGUUUUUUUAUUGUUUCCAUAGUGCUUUUUUAUUCGUUAUAAUUUGUGUCACAGACUUAUUUAAGCUGAAAUCUGACAUGUUGAUUAAUUAAACUUUAGUACUGGACUUUGAGAAAAUGUAUUCUGAGUUAAUAUUAAAUUUAUAAGAAGCAUAAUGUUUAUAUUAA